GGCUACAUAUUGCUAUGCUGUUGUUAUUUAUUUUCUGUUUUUAAUACGUCAGGCCGUGUUUGUAAUUAGAAAGUAGGACUCUGCUUCUUCAUGUACAGUGAACUAACGCUAGCUACCUUGGUUAGCUUCUUUGCUAGGCCAAACAGGAGUUUGGUAACGUGACAUUGCAAGUUAACGUCAGUGUCAUCAAGGAACGAUUUAUAUAAUGCACCUAACUUUAGGCUAUGUUAAGUUAUUACAACUUAGUUAACAUUGGUUCAUUUGUAGGUGUCUGUUACAAACGUGUACCAUUUACUGUUGUAGUAAUGGGCAUCUUUUUACUGAAUGGAAGAUUGCAUGUCUGCGGGCACAAGUGUAGCCAAUGAGAUAUGUCUUAAGAGUAUGUGGGUGUGUUAUUAAUGUUGAGAGAUACAAUGUGAAAUGCCGUACAGUGGCAGAGUCAGGUGUGUGGUUGUGCAACAGGUAAAAUGUAAUGGUGACUAAGCACAAGCGAAGACUUUUCCCUUACUAAUGCACAUUAUGCGUCACACUACUCGAUGUAUUUGUAUUAGCCAUGUCAAGCAGUCCUGCACUACUCAUGCGGCUGAUGGCCUCGGCCUACUCAGUGGCCGAGAAAUCUGGAGCCAUCGCAAGGAGAGUGAUGCAGAGCGGAGACCUGGGCAUAGUUGAAAAGACAGGAGCCAAUGAUCUGCAGACUGCAGCCGAUAGGCUGGUCCAAAAGAGCAUUUGCGCUUCAUUGUCCCACAGCUUUCCAAAGCUCACCAUCAUUGGAGAAGAGGACCUGCCCGUAGAGACAGUAGAGGAGGACCUGAUGGAGACCAAACAAGCGGAGGAGGUCUUGCUGAAGCCCUGCCCACCAGAGUACAGCAGUCUGAAGGAGGAGGAGCUUGUCGUGUGGGUUGAUCCACUUGAUGGCACCAAGGAAUACACAGAAGGGGGUUACUGGGAUGAUUCAGGGCUGCUUGACCAUGUUACAGUAUUGAUUGGAAUCGCAUAUGGUGGCAAAGCCAUAGCAGGAGUUAUCAACCAGCCCUUCUUCAACUACCAGCUGGGUUCAGGGGCGGUCUUGGGCAGGACGAUGUGGGGCGUCCUGGGUCUGGGAGCUUUCGGCUUCCAGCUGCAGGAGGUUCCAGAUGGCCAGCGCAUCGUCACCACCACGCGUUCCCACAGCAACAAACUGGUGACUGACUGCGUAGCAGCCAUGGAGCCGCACAGCGUCAUCAAAGUGGGAGGGGCAGGAAACAAGAUUGUCCAGCUUGUGGAAGGGAAGGCCUCAGCCUAUGUGUUUGCCAGCCCAGGCUGUAAGAAGUGGGAUACCUGUGGACCUGAAGCCAUCCUGCAGGCAGUGGGUGGCAAGCUGACUGACAUGCAUGGGAAUGCAUACUGCUAUGACGCCAACGUCAAACACAUGAAUUCAGCUGGUGUGUUGGCCACUCUGAGAAACCACGAGUACUACCUCAGCAGGGUACCACAGUCUGUCAAACAGGCAUUGUCUUAAAGAUGAAGGCAUUCUGGGACAUGUAGUUUUAAACUCCAUCAUGUGCCUUCCUGGUGAAGGAUAAAGCUACACCUUAAAUGUCACUACCUUUUUGUCAGAUUUUGAUACUUCACCUUGAUAUCAACAGUGAUUUCAACAUACAUGAGGCAGCUGAUAGAAUUUUUGCCAUGUGAUAAUGUUGCUAAUGAUUAAUUGACUAAUGAAUUCCACUCAUCUUUGCCAUAGCUCGUAUUUUAUGUCAUUAAAAGGACCAAAGUUAUAUUAUA